GGGGUCCUUUAUUCAUUCUAAUAUCUAUACGGCCUAGUGCGCACUCGUCCCGUCUCCGUCUCCGUCUCAAUGGGACAUUUCUCUCCUCUCGAGCUCUUUAUUAAACAUCAAUAAACAAUUCUCUCAACCUCAAAUGAUGAUACCAUUCACACUUUCAUUCUUAUAAUCUGUCACCAACGAUCAGCGAUCAGAGAUCAUUUUAAUUUACCUGAUAUUAAUUGAUCAGUGACUAGUAUGUCUCGAGAAAGAUGACUGAACCUUCAAGUCGGAGGCGGCCUAACACCUCCUUCCGUGAUUUUAUGUCAAUUGAAAGGCAUGAGGUGCAAGGAAAAUUCUCGGCUUAUCACCAAAGCUAUGGGGACAAUAGUCACAUUCCCAUUGUCUGAAGGGGUUUGGGUGGCUUAAAAUUGGUUGAGGGUGCGUUGGGAUCUUGGAAUGUAAUAUUAUUGAAUAUCAAACCGUUCCCUUCAUCAGCGCUGUCUUCCUAUUCCAAAUUCUUUCUUUUUAUUUCGAAAACUCUACCCUUCCACGUUGGUCUCUAUAUGCUACAAAAUCUCACUAUGUCUUCCCAAACCGAGAUCAAGACUAAAGCUACGAUUUUCUCUCCCCGAAUGUCGAGAAAACCUCCCUUCACAGCAGAAGUACAAGGAAUCCCACAGGUCUCGGGUGAAACUAUUCCUCGUCGUAAUAUUCGGUAUCCAGACCUUCUUUCCCAACCAGAAUCGGGUAUCGAGACUGUAUUCGAUAUUAUAAAACAGAGCUCUCGUCGUUUUGGUGAUGCACGAGCGCUGGGGUCUAGAAAACUAAUCAAGAAACAUGAAGAGACGAAAAAGAUAAUGAAGAUCAUCAAUGGACAAACACAGGAGGUAGAUAAAGUAUGGACUUAUUUUGAGAUGAGUGGAUAUGAAUAUCUAAGUUUCAAGGAGUAUGAAGUUGAAGUACUGAGUGUGGGAGCGGGUUUGAGGAAACUUGGAUUGGUUAAGGAUGAUCGAGUUCAUCUCUUUGCAACAACGAGUGCCCACUGGUUGUCAAUCGCUCAUGGUUCUAUGUCCCAAUCCAUGCCUAUCGUCACUGCAUACGAUACCCUUGGUGUUGAAGGACUGCGUCAUUCUCUCAUGCAAACGAAAGCUAAGGCCAUAUUCUUAGAACCACAACUUUUGAAAACUCUACUUGAUUCUCUUGAGGAUUUAAAGCAUAUCGAAUACGUGAUAUAUAACACAGAUGGUGAUACAGAACUCUCAUUAUCAAGUAUCAAAGAAUUGAAGAAAAGCCACAGCCACCUGACGCUUUUGAGCUAUGAUGAACUCAUAGAUUUGGGACAUUUACAUCCUGUCGAAGCUGUACCACCCAAGACAGAUGAUCUAUGUUGCAUUAUGUACACAUCUGGAUCAAGUGGUACACCAAAAGGGGUCUCGCUGAAGCAUAAAAACGUUGUGGCUGCCAUUGCUGGUGCAAAUAGUAUUGUCGGCAAGUAUCUAGGUCCCUCAGAUACACUGCUAGCAUAUCUUCCCCUCGCUCACAUCUUCGAAUUCGUAUUUGAAAACGCAUGUCUUUAUUGGGGUGCCCUAAUGGGUUAUGGCCAUCCCCGAACUCUAUCUGAAACCUCCAUGAAGAAUUGCAAGGGUGAUAUCCUCGAAUUGAAACCCACACUUCUAGUGGGUGUACCAUCCGUUUGGGAGACCGUCAAAAAAGGUGUAAUUGCCAAUGUGAACAAAGGUGGUCCAGUUGUGCGUAGCUUGUUUUGGAGUGCUUUCUACUCGAAACGAUUGUUAUCCUCUACCGGCCUACCCGGUUCUGGUAUUUUGGAUGCUGUCGUCUUUAACAAAGUCAAACAAGCCACUGGUGGUCGAUUGAGAUUCUGUCUAAAUGGUGCUGGACCUAUAUCUCAACAAACCCAAGAGUUUAUCUCUCACACGAUCACACCCAUGAUAUCUGGAUAUGGAUCCACAGAGACUACCGCCAUGGGCGCAAUUUGCGACCCCCUUUCCUUUACCCUCCAAGCUGGCGAUAUCCCCGCUUGUAUCGAAGUGAAACUGGUCGACUUUCCCGACGUAGGAUACUUCGCUACUAACACUCCCCCACAAGGAGAGAUCUGGAUUCGAGGACCUAGCGUCAUGUCCGAAUACUAUGAUAACGUUAUCGAGACAGCCGAAGCGCUUACCCCGGAUGGAUGGUUCAAAACUGGGGAUGUUGGGGAGUGGGAUAAGAAUGGACACUUGAAGAUCAUUGACCGCAAAAAGAACUUAGUAAAGACGAUGAAUGGAGAGUAUAUUGCUUUGGAGAAGCUAGAAUCAAUCUAUCGAUCCGCGACUGUAGUAGCGAAUAUAUGCAUCUACGCCUCAAUCUCCGAAACUAACCCUAUCGCAAUUGUCGUUCCCGCCGAGCCGGCCCUCAAAAAGCUCGCCGAAUCAAUCGGUGUCGAGGGUCAUGGCAUCGGUGAUUUAGUGCACAAUGAAUCGAUUAAUCGUGAAGUAUUAAAGCAAAUGCAAACUGUAGGCAAGAAAGCAGGGCUAGCUGGCAUGGAGAUCAUUAAGGGUGUUGUUUUGGCUGACGAAGAAUGGACAACAGUUAAUAAACUAGUAACAGCGACUAUGAAACUCAAUCGAAAGGUAAUUUCCGAGAGAUACGAGAAAGAUAUCAGUGUAGCGUAUGGGAAAUGAAUGCUCUCGACCAAGGCGAUCAGAGGUGAAGGUGGGUUCUGGCAUGACAAGAGAUGGGACAAAGGACGAGAAUGAGGAGUUAUGUUUGUAAUUCUUAAUAUGAUUUUUAAGCAGUUCAAUGUGUUUUCUUUUCGAACUUGUCUAUUGGAUUUCCAUCUGUUCCUUGGGUCUAGUAUAGCGAAUUGUCAAUUUUGCAUAAUAUCAACUCUAGCUCGUUACCGAUAUCUUAUUAGUCUGGUAUUCGCUUGUCUUUCAUAACCCAAUCCUAACACUUUUAUCUCGCAUCUCUUUUGCCGCUCUGAUUUCAAUUGCAAGAUACCUUUUUUCUUGUAUCAUUCUCUACAUCAGCACCUCUUUCUCCAAAUCAAAGUUUUACACCCAGGUGAUCAAAACAAAGUUGGAGGAAUUUCGCUAGUGUGCCCACUCCGCUUACAUGCAUGCCAGCAUAGUGUGUACUGAUUUUCUAUCUAUAAAUAUGAGAUAUUCCA